CCCCCUCCCUCAAAAUGAUGGACAACGACGAUGCGCUCCUCAACAACGGUGGUCCGCAGUCGGGAGCGGAGACGGUCUAUGGCACGGAGGACAACAAUAUGGUCAUGUCGGAAAAGAAUGGUCAGGUUGUCAGCAUCGUGCAGCAACUGGCGGGUAGCAUUUAUCAGGAGUUUGAGCGGAUGAUCAAUCGCUACGAUGAGGACGUGGUGAAGAACCUGAUGCCGCUGCUGGUGAACGUGCUGGAGUGCCUGGACGCGUCGUAUCGCAUCAACCAGGAGCAAGAUGUCGAGGUGGAGCUGCUGCGCGAGGACAACGAGCAGCUGGUGACGCAGUACGAACGGGAGAAGAGCGCCCGAAAACAGUCCGAACAGAAGCUACUAGAGGCUGAGGACCUGGCCGAGCAAGAGAAUAAGGAGCUGGCCACGCGCCUCGAGUCCGUUGAGAGCAUUGUGCGGAUGCUGGAGCUGAAGCACAAAAACAGCCUGGAGCAUGCCAGUCGUCUGGAGGAGCGGGAGACGGACCUCAAGAAGGAAUACAACAAACUGCACGAGAGGUACACAGAGCUGUUCAAGAACCAUGUGGACUACAUGGAACGCACUAAGAUGCUGAUGGGCUCCACGCACUCACAAAUGAGCACCGCCUCCGACCGCAUGGAGGUCAGUCGUGCGCGCCUCAAUCCCGUGGCCCGUAGCUCGGGCCCUGUCUCCUAUGGUUUUGCCUCGCUGGAGAACUCCGUUAUGCUGGACACCGAGACCAUUUGCAGCGUGGGCAGCCAGUCGGACGACUCGGGGCCGCCAUCGCUGCAGAAUGAGCUGGAUAUGAGCCUGCCCAGCACUGCGGAGCGUGGUGCCGCCACCGAUGCGCUGCAGCAGCAGAAUCAGGCCACCUCGCCCCAGAGUCCCCCCGGCACCAGUCCCGUUGUGCCAAAUGUGCCUCCAGCAAACGUUGGUCGCUCGACCACCAAAAAGGAACAGCGCUCGGACAAUAAUCUCUACCAAGAGCUGUCCUUCCAGGACAAUGAAGAGAGCGAAGAGAAUGAGAUUGUUACAGGCUGCUGGGUACAUCCCGGAGAGUACGCAUCCUCAGCAAACGACAACUAUUUUGGCAUGGGCAAGGAAGUGGAAAAUCUCAUCAUGGAGAACAAUGAGCUGCUGGCAACAAAGAAUGCCCUGAACAUUGUCAAGGACGAUCUGAUUGUCAAAGUGGAUGAGCUGACGGGCGAAGUGGAAAUUGUGCGCGAGGAGCUGAGUGCCAUGCAGCAGUCUAGGACGAAGCUCAGGCAACGCAUUAGCGAGCUGGAAGAGGAGCUCAGGAAGACCAAGGAGCAGGUGAAGCAACAGAACACCGAACAGGAGGAGAAUGAUGUGCCGCUCGCACAGCGCAAGCGUUUCACUCGCGUGGAGAUGGCCAUGGUCCUCAUGGAGCGCAACCAGUACAAGGAGCGUCUGAUGGAGCUGCAGGAGGCGGUGCGUCUGACGGAGAUAUUGCGCGCCUCGCGUACCGUCGACCACUUGGACAAGAAAUCAAAGCAGAGCAUCUGGAAGUACUUUAGUAAUCUUUUUACACCCUCCAAUCGCCCGACAGAACGCAUUGCCGAUGGGCUGGGAGGGGGGCCGAUGUUUCGUCACACCGGGGGAGGAAGUCCUGCCCACAGCCACGGAUCCCCAAGCCGUGGAAGUGGGGACAAUCGCCUUGCCCUAGCCAACUCCCUGCCGCCCAUGCAUCCAGCGAGCGCAGGGCUCGCCAAUGCUUUGGUGAUGCCCAAGGACUACUCUGAGGACGGGGGCUCGGAGCGCAUCAGUGCGAGGAGGCGGGAGCAGUACCGGCAGCUGCGCGCCCAUGUCCAAAAGGAGGACGGUCGCCUGCACGCGUAUGGCUGGAGUUUGCCAAUCAACAAAACCAACCAGGAGGCAAAUCCCAGCCGGCACUCGGGCGGGGUGCCGGUGCCUGUUUACUGCAAUCCCCUGGCCGAGGCCUCGCCCCAUAUGAAGGUGUUUUGCGCGGCCGGCGUCAACCUCCACGGAGGCUUCACCAAAGACGGCCAAUCGCUGAUACCCGCCGACUCGCCAUACGCGCCCAAGUCCACGCUUAAAAUCACAGAGAUCACGAGUCCCACGGCGGAGCAGAGCGUUGAGGCGCUGGACAGACAGAUAGCCCGCGCUAGCUUGGAGACCCUGGAGCCGGAGACGCAGCUUAGCUCCUUCGUGUGGAUCUGUACGAGCACCCACGCGGCUAGCACGGUUAGCGUGGUGGACGCCAACCAGUCGGCCACCGUUCUGGAUGCCUUUCCCAUUUGCUCCUCCCACUUGCUGUGCAUCGCCUCCGUGCAGGGUGCCAUGGAGAGCGACUACGCGCUACUAGAGCAGUCGGAGGUGGUCAAGGCGGGCGAGAUGCUGCAGCGGCCUGGCGAGGGCAUAGAGCUACUCGGUAAAGUGGAGUUUGUGCGCGUGAAGCCCAAGUCCGAGGACGAGCAGAACAGCAACAGCAAACUCCAGCAGCAGCAGGACGAAGAGGAAGCCAAGGAGGCCACGGAGAAAUCCACUGAGCCACUGCCGCCCGGUAAUUCCGAGGAGCCGCUCGUCAAUGUGGAGGCCAUCAAGAUACGCCAAGCCCUGCCGGGCGCUCCCCAGCGCCUUUCCAGCCGCAACAGCAGCGACGAGAACCAGGCGAACAACAACAGCAGCAGCAGCAACCGAAACAGUGUUCUCUUUGGCACCAAGUCGCUGAACCCCAUUCUGGGGACGAAGGAGCGCGAGGAUCCGCCCAUGAGUUCGGUGGGACCGACUAUGUGGAUGGGGGCCCAAGACGGCUGGCUGUACGUUCACAGCGGGGUGGGCCGAUGGCACGAGUGCCUGCACCGUGUUCUCCUGCCGGAUGCCGUCCUGGCGAUUGUGCAUGUGGAUGCGAGGGUUGUUGUGGCGCUGGCCAAUGCCCAGUUGGCCGUGUUCCGCCGCCAGACAGACGGCCAAUGGGAUCUGAAUAGUUAUCACCUGGUGACGCUCGGUGAUCGCAAUCAUUCGAUACGUUGCCUCUGUGUGGCAGGCGAGCGCAUUUGGGCGGCGCAUCGCAACAAGAUCUUCAUUGUGGACCCCAUAUCGCUCAACAUUGUGCACUCGCUAGACGCGCAUCCCCGCAAGGAGAGCCAGGUGAGGCAGAUGGCGGCCACAGGUGCUGGUGUGUGGGUAUCCAUACGAUUGGACUCCACGCUCCGUCUGUACAACACCCAUACGUUUGAGCACAAGCAGGACGUGGACAUUGAGCCGUAUGUGUCCAAAAUGCUCGGCACUGGAAAGCUGGGCUUCAGCUUUGUCCGCAUCACCGCUCUUAUGGUCUCCUGCAACCGCCUGUGGAUCGGAACCAGCAACGGCGUGAUCAUCUCGGUACCUUUGGCUGAAGUGCAGCAGAAGACAUCAUCCGAUCCCCAUGGCCAGAUGCCGUUGUGCUGCAUGGCCAAUGCUCAACUCUCCUUCCACGGACACCGCGAUGCGGUCAAGUUCUUUGUGUCCGUGCCGAUGCUGCAGCAGCCGAACCUGAGCGGCGGACUGACCUUCGUGAACAGGAGACCCGAUAUGCUGGUCAUGUGUGGUGGCGAGGGCUACAUCGAUUUUCGCAUAAAUGAUAAUGACAUGGAGAACAGUAUUCAACUGGAACCAAAUCAAACGAUCGAGAAUCGAGGCGACAAGAGCUACUUGAUUGUGUGGCAUGUUAGUCAACGUUGAGGCCGACCGAUCCGAUUAUUCGGAUGGAACGAGAAGUGCAAAUGAUACAUUAUAAAAUAUAUUUUUAGCAGUUAACAGUUCUAUCUAAAUACGCAUAAUGUAUAAACUACUUUAUUGUGCAGGCUAGCGAAUGGAAUAAUCCUAAACCUUAGUAUUUAUCUAACAAUACCCCAAAAUCCACACGAUGACAAAACAACCAUACUCUAGCGUACCGUAUUCCUAAUUUAGUUAAACAAAUCUAAUUUCGAGCUUUCGAGGGGCUCUCACAAUUGUUUCAAAUCGCUUCAUUCAAACAAAAAACAAAACAAAAAGGAAACCUGCAAACAACGUUAUUCGUCAGUGAUAGCCUGCUAAAUAUUAAAACUUUAUAUACAUAUA